AUGCGCGCGUCCUCUCUCUGGAGGCGACAGGACGCCGGUCCGUGGCCGUCCGUCCGGACAGCAGCAAGCGCGUGCGUCUUGCUCUGCUGCGGCAGCCAGGCGACGACCGCGCCGUCUCCUGUGCGACGGCGUCUCGUGGACUCGUCGGACAGCUACAACUUCAUGUUCUACUUUGUGAUUGGCGCGAUGAUGCUCACGUGUCUCGUGUACAACCUCUUUUUCAAGCACAAGAUGGAGUCGAGUUUCCUACGGCAGCAGCAGGCGCUGCCCGAGACGAUGCUACGACAGGACGUGAUUGCAAGUGACCAGGACAUGAACAAUCUAUGGGAGUGCGACGUGUGCUCGUUCAAGAGCUACGACGCUCAUGCGACGUGUAUGUUGUGUGGCACGGAUCGCGCCUUUAAGCUCAUGGACCACCGGAACGCGCGGCUCGGCGACGACCAGAGUGAACACAGCAGCAAUGCGUCGUCGUCGGCUCGAGCGCUGUCGAACUCCAAGUACGUGCUGUAUAUGGAGGAGAAGGAGAACUCACUGCCCCGCAGUGCUGCCGCCAACCUAUCGACACCGUCACGAGCUGUGGUGCGCACGCACUCGUCGGUGAAGAAGGACAGAGAACGGUUCAAGCGGAAGCUGAGCGUGCUCAAUCUGCGACAACAGUCGGCGCGGCGACGUCAUGAAUGGUCAAGAGAACGCAAUAAUGACGGACAGCUUGUAUGGGUGAGGAAGAAACAUUUGAUGGACCGCAAAGCGCUGAAAAGUCUGCGGACGCUCGAGGGGUUACGGAGUCAAUCGUCCACGUCGUUACGCGACUCGAUGCUUUCGAAUUUGAGUGCGAAUUCGUUAGGAAUUGUGUCUCGUGUGGUUGUGUCGCCCAAGAACCCGAAUGGGAGGUUAUCGAUUGAGUCGGCCGAUGGCGCGCUAGCCACGCGGUGCUCGGACAACCCCGAGUUCUCACAGGACGAAUUGGAACAAGUCCGUUCAUUACCUUUCCAGCAAAAGCAUGCGUGGUUUGUACAGCACACGGCAGCCAUGGAGGUGCCGUGGGAAUAUGGCCACUUGUUGCUUGAGAUUGAGCGUGACAAUCUUCUUCAUAACUCUUGCGAGCAAUUGUUGUGGGCGACGCCGGACCAGCUGCAUCAGUCGCUGCGAAUAAAGUUUGCGAACGAGCCAGGUGUGGAUGCAGGUGGAUUAGUACGCGAGUGGUUUACCCUGAUGACAAAAGAAGUUUUUGAUAACGCGACGGGGUUGUUUUUCCGAAGUGGCAAUAGUGAUGGUCUGAGAAUUAAUCCUGCAUCUGCUGAAGCUAGCGUUGAUCAUUUGAUGUACUAUCAGGCGAUCGGUCGCUUUAUCGGCAGAGCGCUUUUUGAAGGCAUUCUGAUCGAUGCACAUCUGGCGCUCCCAGUAUGCAAGCAUAUUCUCGGUAUCCCCAUCACGUUUUCGGAUCUCGAGUUCGUGGACAAUGAUUUGUACAAGAACCUGAAGUGGCUGCGAGAAAACACAGGCGUGGAGUCGUUGGCGUUGGACUUUACGGUGAACGUCGAUCAAAUGUCGGAUAAGACACAGGCGGUGGAUUUGAUACCAAAUGGAUCGAAUAUCCCUGUCACGGAAGAGAACAAGAUGGAAUACAUCCACUUGCGGUUCAAGUGGAUUGUUGCCACCAGUACAUCGUUGCAGCUUGGUUCAUUGAUGCAAGGUCUCUUCUCUAUUAUCCCCAAGGAGCUGAUCUCCGUCUUCGAUCACCAGGAGCUGGAGCUGUUAAUUUGCGGGAUCCCCGAUAUCGACGUGCGGGACUGGAAAGCUAACACUAUUUAUGUGGGGCAGCGAGACGAGCGAGUGAUCGCCUGGUUCUGGAGUAUCGUGAAAGAAUUCUCGAACGAGCAGAAGGCACGUUUGCUGCAAUUUACGACCGGUUCAGCUCGGGUGCCCGUGCAAGGCUUUAAGGCGCUGACCAUGAACGACGGCCGCAUCUGUCCGUUCGCAAUCCAGUGCGUCGUUGUCGAUGAGUGUCUGUAUCCGCGUGCGCACACGUGUUUCAAUCGCAUCGACUUACCUCGAUACAGCACCGAAAAGGACUUGCGCACCGCGUUAUCCCUCGUAAUUCAAAUGGAAGUAACCGGGUUUACUAUUGAGUAA